AGGAAUUGGAGUGAAGAAAAAAAAAGAAAAAAAGAGAAGAAGAAGAAGAAGAAAAAGAAGAACAGGGAUAAGAAGAAUAAAUAACAAGACAAGAAGAAGAAAAAAAAAUUAACGAAAAAAGUGUCGUCCCAAAAUCUUUGUAUCUUUUCCCCAUUUCUGGAUACUCUAACGAUUAAGAAAAAAAAAAGAAGAAACAGGAGGAGGAUCGAGAAAAUACAAAACAAAAAGGGGAAAGAACAAACUCGACGAAAUGGACGAGGAACAAGUACAAAUGCUCAGGAGAGCUUUUUCCAUGUUUGAUUCCACUAAAUCCGGGAGAAUCGAAAAGGAAAAGGUCAGGACCAUCUUAAAUACUCUAGGACACACUUUUGACGACCAUGAACUCGAAGUAUUAUUGAAACAGGAAGAUGAAGAUGGAAGCGGUAAAUUGAAUUUUGAUUCGUUUUAUCGUGUGGCAACGCAUUUUCAAGAAGAAGACGACGAGGCCCUUCAAAAAGAACUCAAAGAGGCAUUCCGUUUAUACGACAAAGAGGGUAACGGUUAUAUACCAACUAGUUCGCUUCGUGAAAUCUUGGCAGCUUUAGACGAUCAAAUAACGCCUGAUCAAAUGGAUGGCAUGAUCGCUGAAAUUGACACCGACGGUUCCGGUACCGUUGACUUUGACGAAUUCAUGGAAAUGAUGACUGGCGAUUGAGACGUGCAAGGAGAGGAAAGGAUCUAUCGAAAAGGAUUAUAUUUUUAAAAAUUAAAUUUAUUAAAGCUGUGCCUUUUUAACAAAUCAACGCAAAUCAAUAUUGCCUAUCGUUGAAAAUGUUAUUUAUUUAUUGUAUUUGAAAUUCGACGCUUCCGUAUCGUUAAAUUAAUUUUUAAGCUGGAUUUGAAUAAUAUAUGUAUGUGUGUGAGUGUGUGUGUGUGCAUGCUUAAGCGUAGGACCCGUA